GGCCCAGGGCAGCCAAGACGAAGAAGAAAGCAGGGCAGCAUGAGCCGAUCAUCCCCCCAUCCCAUCCAACUCCAAUCCAUGGGCCCCCAGGAUGCCCUGGUUCCCCUGUCGCCGCCGCCUGCUAUCCAAAAUCCCUCCUCUAACCCUUGGGCCUCUCAGUGUGGGCCUCCUCCCUGGAGCCUCAGCUGUCUUCUGGCUCUGCAGCAUAUCUUGGUCCUGGCUUCUCUGCUCUGUGCCUCCCACCUGCUCCUGCUUCAAAGUCUCCCCCCGGGAGAGCUUUCGUACUCCCCUGCGCAGCUCUUGGCCUCCAGCCUCUUUUCGUGUGGUGUGUCUACCACCCUGCAAAUCUGGAUAGGCAGCAGGCUCCCUCUUGUCCAGGCUCCAUCCUUACAGUUCCUUGACCCUGCUCUGGUGCUGACCAGCCAGAAGCUACCUCUGGCCACCCAGACACCUGGAAACUCCUCCCUUGUGCUGCGCCUGUGUGGGGGGCCUGGCUGCCAUGGCCUGGGGCUCUGGAACACUUCUCUCAGAGAGGUGUCCGGGGCUGUGGUGGUAUCCGGGCUGCUGCAGGGCACCCUGGGGCUGUUGGGGGUUCCUGGCCACUUGUUCUCCCACUGUGGGCCCCUGGUGCUGGCCCCCAGCCUGGUGGUGGCAGGGUUCUCUGCCCACAGGGAGGUGGCCCUCUUCUGCUCUACUCACUGGGGCCUGGCCUUGCUGCUUAUCUUGCUCAUGGUGGUCUGUUCUCAGCACCUGGGCUCCUGCCAGUUACCUCCCUGCCCCUGGAGGCCAGCUUCAAACUCUUCUCACACUCCCAUUCCCGUCUUCCGGCUCCUCUCGGUGCUGACGCCAGUGGCCUGUGUGUGGAUCAUCUCUGCCCUUCUGGGUCUGCGCAUCAUCCCCCCAGAGCUGUCUACCUCCCCCGAGGCGCCAUGGGUCUGGCUGCCUCACCCAGCUGAGUGGGACUGGCCCUUGCUGACACCCAGGGCUCUGGCUGCAGGCAUCUCCAUGGCUUUGGCAGCCUCCACCAGCUCCCUGGGCUGCUAUGCCCUGUGUGGCCAGCUGCUGCAAUUGCCGUCCCCACCUCCACACGCCUGCAGUCGAGGGCUGAGCCUGGAGGGUCUGGGCAGCGUGCUGGCCGGGCUGUUGGGGAGCCCUAUGGGCACUGCAUCCAGCUUCCCCAACGUGGGCACAGUGAGUCUUAUCCAGGUAUGUGGAUGA